AUGGCUGGAUCCCCGACGACGCCGACGGCCAUCGUGAUGGACUCUCCCGGCGCAGACGAUGACAAAGGUAACGGCAGAGGUAGCAACAGAGGCGACGACAGAAGCAGCGAUAGAGGACGACAACAGAGGAUGACGACGACAGAAGACGACGGCAGAGGCGGCACUGUGAUCGAGAAAACAGGUUUCGCUACUCUGCCAAGAGAGCUCAUUCUCGAGAUCAUUCAACUCUGCAUCCCACCCUACAGGCCUGACCUCAAACGAGAUGUCGCCCAGCUUUCUGCCGUUAACAAGAGCCUUCGAAUAAUGUGCAUUCCAACCCUCUUCAACAUUGUGCAGAUGCGCACUAACCACCGCCGUUUCUCUCGUCUUGUUCGAGGAAUUGAGGGCAGUGACGUCCUCAGCGGCAAGGGCGGGGGCGGCAGCAGCAGCCUUCGGACUUUCGCUCCGGGCGUUUCGCUGGACGCUGGCUUCGGCAUCUACAGUGUCUGUCAUCUGAGAAUCAUUUCUGUCCUGCCUCGCGCCAAGACUUCAGGCAACGCGAGUGAGUCCUGGUAUCGAGACACGCCUGCCCAAUUUGCGAGCGACCUGGGCCAGAUGUCAAACCUGCAAGGCUUGGAUCUUUACUUCGAGGAUGGAUACCAGAGUCUCAUGGUGGCUGUUCAAUACGAGCUCCUCAAGCAACGCAUUACCGUUCCCGGCGUCACAAGGUUCAGGCACUUCGCAGAGACCACGGCCCAUUUCAUUCCUACUGUCUUUACUGGACUGAACGCCCUCCACCUCAGUAUCGUGAUGGACAACUCUCCGAAGACGAUCCCCGGCUUGUCUACUAUUGCAUCCAAGCUCAACCUGCACACCCUGAGCCUCUGCAACUCUGGUUGGCAAGCGAAAGACUUCGACGAGAUUUACGACCUCUUCCCAGGUGUUACCAAGCUGAUCAUUGGGGGUGAGAUCCAAAAGUUCAAGCUCUCUACCGUAUUCCCGGUCUUCGGGCGAUUUCAGAAGCUUGAGAUUCUCGGGCUCACUGAUCUCUUCGACUUCACCAUGGGAGAUGUGAUAACGAACUUGCUCGACGAAGAGGGCGUCUGCGCCUGCGACUGUUGUCUCGGUGACGACCCCUGUACCAUCGACACAAACUGCGAUUGUGACGAAUGCCACUACAAUGACGAGAACUACGAGAAGUUUCACGACAUGGCUCAGCGAAAUCUCUCCAUAUCUAUGGAAGAGAAACAAGUGGAGAAUGCAAUCAGGCUCUUCGAGGAGUGUCCUAGACUUGAGACCGUAUACUUUCAGCUCCGCAGCGACGACUAUGCUACUUGCUACCGUCCUAUCAAAGAUGACAAGGGCAACGUUGACACUGUCAUCAUCAACGAGUAUGAGGAUUGGUCUCAGAUCUUCACAGAUUUCUACUAUUGA